AGGAGGAUCUUUUAAAGUUGGUUUUCGGUUUUUGUUCAGCACAUGACAGCUUAAUUUGACCAUCAGUCCAUCAAUCAAAAAGUCUAUUAUUUUGAUUUUUGGAUGGUUUUCGUUUAUUAAAUGUCGGUCAAAAAACGUAAAAUCGUGUUUAUAUUUUCGUGUCAAAGAAUAGAUAUUUAAAAAUACAAUAUUUAAACUGAUGGCUAUAUCAAUGAAUUAUCAAACACUGUAAUUAGUUUAUUUCAGCUGAAGAUUUAAACCAUAUUUCUGUAAGCUUGUCGAAAUAUUCACGUUAACAUGAAUAAUGAAUAAUAUUUUAGUUAUUUCGUCUAAAUAAGAAUGAUAAUUACAGAAAUACUAUAAUGAAAAUCACCUGUGGUGUUGAAGUAGGAAAUCGCAAUGCAUCUUCUGUGAAAAAUAAAAAACAUAGUGUUGCUACUUUAGCAUUAUGUCCUAAGACUAAGAAGAAAGAACUUCAAAGUGAUGAGGAUAUUUACCUCAUACUUUGCACUCAUCAGAGUCCAAGGGGAACAAAAUACAAAAUUUUCAACAAUGUAGAUAAAUUGUUCACCAAGUUUAUCAAUGAAGGAAAAGCUACAAUAAGAUUUAAAGCGCCUCCUCAUGAUGUUAUUAUUAGUAAGGCUGAUCCUCUUCAAUUGAAAGCUUUUCUUCAUGGUGUUGGCUUAACAAUCGUAGGACAGGCCAGCAAAAAAAUCCGCUUCUCUCAACCUCCAACGAAGGUGGACAGACCGAAACAAAAAUUGGCCAUCAUGAAACGAAGUGAUUACCCUAUCAAAAAUGGAUUUCCAGAUAGUCUCACUUGGCUGCAAGUGCAAGGUUGCCAUUUGCGUAAAAUUGGUCUACAUGUUUUAAGACUAAAAAACCUUCAGGUUCUUGAUUUAGCCAACAAUUGUUUAAAAGAACUUCCUUUAGAACUUGGUGACAUCCGAUUGAAAGAACUUGUUUUGCAUCACAAUGAUCUGAAAUGUUUUCCUCCUGAACUAGCAACAACAGUGCUCGGGCAGACUCUUGAAGUUUUAGACCUCACUUUUAACAAGAUUCGUUGUCUUUCACCCUACUUUUGUCUCAUGAAAAAGAUCAGCGUAUUGUCCCUAAAAGGCAAUGGUCUUCAAAAUCUCCCUCGCAACAUUCAUUGCUUAGAGUCUUUGAGAAUGUUCAGUGCAUCUCACAAUGAGCUGAAAGUACUCCCAUUUGGAAUUAGAAAACUACAACUGGACAGUUUAGAUUUAUUUCAUAAUCCCUUAGAUACUGAUGUUGUUUUGAGGCCUAUGACUCCCUGGCAAUUGCCUUCUUUACUAGAAUGUGCUGCAUCAGCUGUUGUCACUCAAAAGUAAGAUUUUUUUUUUUAC